UCCAGAUCGUUGCCUCCACAGCUCAGUGCUGGUCGUAUCAAGUCUCCUAAGUAUCUCCUCAAGGUUGAUACCAUGGAGAUUAUGAGGCAUCCUGAAGAAACAACCAACAUGAAGAGGCAAACGGUGGCUUCCUAUUUUAGGUAUUCUCUGAUGGAUCUGUUAUCCAAAAUGGUGAUUGGGCAGCCUCAUUUUGUUCGCUGCAUUAAGCCCAAUGACGACCGGGAGGCACUUAGAUUUUCUCAGGAAAGAGUUUUAGUGCAGCUACGCUAUACUGGCAUUCUAGAGACCAUCAACAUCCGCCGGCAAGGCUAUUCUCACCGCAUUCUCUUUGAUGAAUUUGUGAGAAGGUAUUAUUACAUUGCUUUCAAGGCGCAUGAAACUCCUCUUCCCAGCCAAGAAAGCUGUGUUGCGAUUCUGCAAAAAGCCAAGUUAGACAAAUGGGCUCUUGGCAAAACAAAGGUGUUCUUGAAGUACUAUCAUGUUGAACAAUUGAAUUUGUUUCUGCGUGAAGUUAUAGGCCGGGUGGUUAUCAUGCAGGCUUAUACCAAAGGAUGGCUUGGGGCUCGGAGGUACAAGAAACUCAAAGAGAAAAGGAUUAUCUGUGCCAUUGCCAUACAGUCAGCCUGGAGAGGAUAUGAUGCACGCAGGAAGUUCAAGGAUAUAAAGAACAGAAGAACUGAUGCUGCUAUUCAUAUUCAAGCAGCUUUCAGAGGAUACCUAGCGCGUAAGAAUUAUGCCAGAAUGAAGAACAGCAUCAGCUACUCAACUGAUACAGAGUCUAUAAGCUUCGCUUCUAGUUGGAGCUGUGAAGAAAAAUGGCAGAAAAGUAGCAGUCCGACUUCUCCUGCAGAGCUGGAUUUUCUUGACAAACAAACAAGCAAGAACUCGGCUGACACGGCAGCUCCCCUGGUUCUUCUGAAGAAUUCAGAGCAAACAAAAGGGUUGCAGUAUCUCAGCCAGUCGGAGGCAAUUGCAAAUCACCCGUCCUCUUGUCCACUGCGAUCACAGGAAAUGCAGGGUUCAGAGAACUGUCUUGAACAGAAGCUGAAAACAACCCGCCGAAGAUGUCAGCAGCCCAAAAUGCUGAAUAGCCCGGAGGACAAUAUGUAUUAUAACCAGUUAAAUGGAACUCUAGAAUACCAAGGGAGCAAGAGGAAGCCAAGAAAACUUGGGCAGAUAAAGCUUCUUGACUGGGAGGACGAGUAUUACAAAUCAUUAUCCGCUGUAGAUUCCAUCACAGAGGAGGACCACACAUUCCAAGUUCUUCCUUCCUCCAAUGGAGUGUCCUUUCGGAGCUGAAUUUUCACUGCUCGGCUCCUUCAGUGCG